UAAAAAUGUGAUUUUUUCCAGGCAUGAUGCCACAAGGAGAUCCUCCAAAGUUAUCCAAUAAGGGAGAUUCGAUCAAAACUUGAGCCUAUGUUCUGUUAGCCCUUCAUGUAAUCUUUGCGAUCAGCGAACUGAUCCUUUUGGAUGCAAUGAAGGGAAUUUUCGAAGGAGUAACCGCAGCAAUCCUCUACUGUGGGCUCUCAUCUCACAACUUCUGUAUGAUUUUGAUGUAUAACAUCAUGCUAUUCUUCAACUGUGUGCAGUUAUUUGCUGAGUUGGGUACUUUUAUUCAAGAUAAGGCUGCUAGCAAAUAUUAUGACUCUAAGAUGAAUUCUCAUCAUUAUUCAGACACCUUCUUUGUUCCAUAUUUGGUGGUGCUGUUUAUAUUCUACCUUUUCGCGAUUAUUACUUCGUUCCUUUUCUACAGGGAAUGAAAGCAGGCAAUGAUUGGAGCUCCACAGAACAAUGAUGAACAAUUAGAUAGGGCUCAGUACGGCACUGUACCUCAGAAUGAAGCUGCACCAAACGGUGCUUCAAACUUCAUGGGAAUGGGGCAAAAUAUGUACGCUCAGAGCCCUCCAAGUGAUGAAGUUGCUACAAACGCUAGGAGCCAGUCCAACGGUAGCAAUAAUGAUGUUGAAAUCCCAAAGAGAUUCCCUGGAAGAGGGCAAAGAAUAGGUUAGACUU